CAAAACCAAGAAGCAACUUACCACUCUAUGGAGUUUGUCUUAACCACAUAUGUUGCGGAAGGCACGGCAUUAAGAACACUAGAUCUGUUUAGAGUGAGUAAAAGGGUUGCUAAGUGGGGUUUGGCUUGGGAUAUAAGCCCACUCGGAAGGAUUGGUUGUGGACGAGGACCAGGAAAGCUGAAAGUGGUGUGUGGAUAUGACACAAAGCUGAUUGGCAUAGCACUUAAAAAGGAGAAUUUAAGAAGCGAUUGGGUUCCAAUUGCUUCUAAUGAUGAGGUGAUUGUAGAGGACGCAUCAGAUGAUGAAGAUAUGGGAACUCUUGAUUUGUUCAAGUCUUUAGUGCCAACAAAUAAUGAUGGUUUGAGCACUUCUUUUGAGAAGUUAAGUAUAUGCGUCAUCAAUGAAGGGAUGGAUGAUGAGAAGGUUAUUCUGCCUGCUCACGCCAAAAUUUCCAUCUCUAGGUUUGCUAAUAAUAAAUCUACAAAUAGUGAUAGUUUUGAUGAACCGAUUUAUUCUAUGGAAGAUGAUGAAGAAUUAGAACCUUUUCCUGAAUUGAUUAACAGGUUGAAAGAAGAAGAACCAAAAUUACAACAUAAUCAGUCUGAAAUAGAAACAAUUAAUUUGGGAAAAGACGUGAAUAAAAAGAAGAUUAAGAUCAAUGGGCAGUUUCAUCCAGAUGAAAGAAAAGCUCCUGUUGACUUGUUAAAAGAGUUUCAAGAUGUGUUUGCUUGGUCUUAUGAAGAUAUGCCUCAGUUGGAUCUGGAGAUAAUAGUUUAUGCUAUUCCACUAAAGCCAGAAUGUCUACCUGUGAAACAAAAGUUCAGAAGAAUGAAGCCAGAAACUUUGUUGAAAAUCAAAGAGGAAGUGAAGAAGCUACUAGAUGUGGGGUUCAUUGAAGUAGCCAUGUACCCUCAAUGGGUUGCCAACAUUGUGCCUGUGCCAAAGAAAGAUGGAAAAGUUAGAAUGUGUGUGGAUUAUAGAGAUUUGAACAAAACAAGUCCAAAGGAUGACUUUCCUCUACCAUAUAUCCAACUAUUGGAUGACAAUGCUGCAAAAAGUGUUAAAUUUUCAUUUGUUGAUGGUUAUUCUGGUUAUAAUCAAAUCAAGAUGAAAGAGGAAGAUAAGAUCAAAACCACAUUUAUCACUUUGUGGGGUACCUUUUGCUACAAGGUAAUUCCAUUUGGAUUGAAAAAUAUGAGGGCAACUUAUCGAAGAGCAACGAUUGCAUUGUUACAUGACCUCAUUCACAAAAUCAUUGAGAUUUAUGUAGAUGGCAUGAUAAUAAGAAGAGAAUUCAAGAUAGACCAUGCCAAGACCAAAGCUAUUGAAGAGAUGCCUCCACUAAAAACACAGAAAGAGGUGCACAAUUUCUUAGAACCUUUUGACAAAAUUAAGCAGUAUUUGAAGAAUCCACCAAUUCUUGUGCCACCAGUGGAUCGAAGACCAUUGAUUCUCUAUAUGAUUGUGUUCGAAGGUUCCAUAGGGGCUAUUCUUGCUCAACAUAAUGAUUCUGGUAGAAAGGAGCGAGCUAUUUGUUAUGUUAGAAAAAGUUUAAUGAUUGUGAAUGUAGAAAACGCAGUUGAAGAUUAUCAACCAGUUGAUUGGGAGUUUCCUGAUGAGGAUAUAAUGGUAGUUGAAGAAAGCAACUAUAAAACUUCUAAUUGGAAGAUGUAUUUUGAUGAAGCUGCAAACCAAACUGGAAGUGGAGUGGGAGCAGUUCUCAUUUCAUCUAAAGGAGAACAUUUUCCAUUUGUAGUGAAGCUUGAUUUUUCCUGCACCAAUAACAUCACUGAAUAUAAGGCUUGCAUCUUAGUUAUGACCUUGUUAAGAUGUGUUGAUGCUAUUGAGGCAAAGAGAAUCAUGAUGGAAGCUCAAGAAGGAAUAUGUGGAACUCAUGCUAAUGGACAUAUGCUAGCUAGAAAGAUACUUAGAGCAUGAUAUUUUUGGUUGAAGCUAGAGACAGAUUGUAUUGAUUAUGGAAGAUGUGUAAAGAACCAGCUUAGUUUUAGAAUCCCAAUUUCGAAUAGGGCUAGAUCAUUAUCUUUAAUUAUAGGGAUUGGGAUUAGAAUUUAGAAUGAGAAAAGGAUUUGAGUCCUCUCCAUUUAUGUAUAAAAGGGGGGGCCUUUGGCUUUGGGGGGCAUUCGAAAAUUGAGGGCGAGAGAGAAAUCUGAGAGUCGAGAGGGAGAAAGAGAGCAAAGAAAAGGAGGAAAUACAAUAGCUUGUAUUUG